GCACUAGACACCUGUAUGGGGGAAUGGUAUGCUCAAAUGCCUCAGCCAUGCUUUAAGCCAGUUGAUUUUCCUUACUGUUACUUAAUCCAUUCAGUUUACAUCAUUUUUAUUUAUUUUCAGGUUGAGCUAUUGAUCCCUCAAUUGCAAUUUCUUGAUGCUGAAGGCGCUCAAGGUGAACUGUGGGAAUUAUCAAGAAUUUUCUUAGAGACACUAAUAGAAAAGACAGGGAUUCAGAAGGUGAGAGCCAUAUUUCCGGAUGCUGGUGCUGCUGCACUUCUGAAAUAUCAGUGGGGAGAUGCAAACUUUGGAUUUGCAAGAACAAGAAUUAUUUGUACAUCAAGGCAAUGUGAUUUCAUCAUUUUAUACUUAAGUGAUCGGAGGCCUGUAGAAAAAGAUGAUGAAGUUGUAGUUAUGCUAGUUCCGGAUUAUCAGAUGCUAGAAUAUGUGGAACGCAUAGCAUCUCAGCUAUCAGAUGACCCACCAAGGCCUCUCAUCAUGUGGAAUCCACGGCUUGUAAGUGAAGAUGUUGGAGUUGGCUUCAAUGCUCGCAAAUUACGCAGAAAUUUCUUAAGCACUUUUACUGUCGCUUACUCUAUGAGACCUUUGCCUUCUGGGGCAAUCUUUAGAUGCUAUCCAGGACUUUGGAAAGUAUUUUAUGAUGAUGUUAACAGGCCAAAUAGAUAUCUUCUAGCAAAAGAACAACCUUGCCGUCCUGAUGCAACUGACAUUGAGCAAAUCUUUGGAACAGUUUCUCAGAAAUCAGAGGAAGCACCUUCUUUAUUUGGAAAGGCCAUGGGCAUGUUCAAUUCGCUAAACAGAUUUAUGAGAGCCAUCUCUAGGUAAGAAACCCAAUUCUAGCUCGACUUGGUGAAGCCCUACUGUGAAACUUUUCAUCAUAUAUUCAGUCUGAACAACAAAUUCAAGGCCUAUUGUCAUUUAUGUACUAAUGAUUAAAUGACUGUAUUCCUUCAAGGUUCUUCUGUCUUCCCAUAACUUGCUUCUACGUUUUAGUGUUGAUGCUUUUAAAAUAUUAUGUAAUUAAAAUGUAAUUUUGAAGGGAAAUAGAUUUUAAGCGUUCAAUUCCAUAAAUUGCAUUGGCUCAGU